AUGUCUGGACACAAAAUAAGAGCAUUCCUGCAAGGCCUAUCACGGAGGAAGCCUCUGGAACCGGAGGGUGAGGUGUCCACGUUCAGACGUUGUCUGACCACGCUGGACCUGGUGGCUCUAGGCGUGGGCAGCACGCUGGGAGCGGGCGUCUACGUGCUGUCGGGGGAAGUGGCGAGAACCCAGUCAGGGCCCAGUAUCAUCGUCUCCUUUUUCAUCGCCGCUCUAGCCUCUAUCUUUGCUGGCCUCUGCUACGCUGAGUUUGGAGCCAGGGUCCCGAAAACAGGCUCUGCGUACCUCUACAGCUACGUGACAGUUGGGGAGGUGUGGGCUUUCAUCACUGGAUGGAAUCUGCUGCUCUCUUAUGUCAUAGGAACAUCCAGUGUGGCCAGAGCUUGGAGUGGCACAUUCGACGAUCUCAUCGGAAACACGAUGGCAAAUUACUUUGGAAAACAUGCAGCAAUGGGAUUGCCUGGACUGGCAGCCUACCCAGACUUCUUUGCAGCUGGACUGAUUAUGCUUCUUGCAGGCCUGCUUGCUUUUGGUGUGAAAGAAUCAACAACAGUCAAUAAGAUAUUUACCAGUAUCAACAUACUGGUGUUGGUCUUUGUCAUCAUCUCUGGCUUCAUCAAAGGAAGACUGGAAAACUGGUUCAUCUCUGUGGAUGCAAUACUGAACGCAACAUCAAAGUCUGAGAAUCUCCAUUACCUCAUUAAUGAAACAUAUGAAUACGGGGUGGGUGGAUUCUUCCCUUAUGGUUUUGAAGGAACCAUAGCAGGAGCUGCAACUUGUUUCUAUGCUUUUGUGGGAUUUGACUGCAUUGCAACAACAGGUGAAGAAGUAAAGGACCCUCAGAAGUCUAUUCCUCUAGGCAUCGUGGCCUCUCUGCUCAUCUGCUUUUUGGCCUAUUUUGGAGUGUCCGCCUCUUUGACCCUGAUGAUGCCCUACUACAUGCUCAACGUGAACAGCCCUCUUCCCGUAGCCUUCACCCACAUCGGUUGGGCAGCCGCCAAGUAUGUAGUGGCGGUGGGUUCCUUGUGUGCGCUCUCCACCAGUCUCCUGGGCUCCAUGUUCCCGAUGCCCCGCGUCCUGUUCGCCAUGGCCAGAGAUGGACUCCUGUUCAAAUCUCUGUGCAGAGUCAGUUCUCGACAGAGUCCAGUUGUGGCUACGUUGUCCUCUGGUGCCGUGGCAGCAAUAAUGGCUCUUUUAUUUGACCUGAAAGCAUUGGUUGACAUGAUGUCUAUUGGCACUCUCUUCGCCUACACUCUUGUUGCCGUUUGCAUUCUCAUACUACGGUACCAAGAGACUACAUCUGAAGAAAAUCAUUUGCCCAUAUCUUCAACUUCAAUGUUUGGAUUUUUAAAACCUCCAUCAAAUCCCACCAAAGAAACAUCUAACACUGUCACAACUUGCACAGUAUUUGCAGUUGUCCUCAUCUUAAUCUUGACUGUGCUCAUGACCAAAGCCAUCAGAUCAUUACUGAUGAAGGAGGUUUGGAACAUAGUUUGUAUAUCUGCAAUUCUUCUUAUACUGGUACUAACUACACUAAUCAUUUGGAGACAACCUCAGAACCCCACCAAAGCAUCCUUCAUGGUUCCAUUCCUGCCUUUCCUCCCUGUGGUGAGUGUCUUCAUUAACAUUUACCUCAUGGUCCAGUUGGGAACAGACACUUGGGUUCGUUAUGCAGUCUGGAUGGCUGUGGGGUUCCUCAUUUACUUUGGGUACGGAGUGCGGAACAGUGUCCAGAAACAGAGACUGCUUGACAAUCAGGUCAGCAUUGAGACCAUAGCGAGCAAAGCUGAAAAAGAUGAAACAAAAGGAGACGUCUCAUAA